CCAGCCCUGUCUCCUUCCACUCCCCUCUUUCCCUCCUUCCUGGCUGGAGCAGAAAGUCUGUCAAUCCCAGGCAAGAGACAAGGCAGACAAAGGUUCAUUUGUAAAGAACCUCCUUCCAGUCCCUCCUCUCUUCUCUUUUCCCCAAACUACCCAGUGAGUUGGAGCAUUUAAGAAGAUUCUUUUGCCAAUAAGAUCAAAACGAAAGAAAAAGGAACAAAAGCCAAAAUGAAAUUUAUGGUACUUAUCACCAUCGGGCUAACUGUGCUGUUGGGAGUCCAAGCCAUGCCUUCGAAUCGCCUCUCCUGCUACAGAAAGAUGCUAAAAGAUCGCAACUGUCACAACCUUCCAGAGGGCAGAGCUGACCUGACCCAGAUUGAUAUAAACAUCCAGCAUCAUUUCUGGGAUGGGAAGGGAUGCGAGAUGAUCUGUUACUGCAAUUUCAGCGAACUGCUCUGUUGCCCAAAAGACAUCUUCUUUGGACCAGAGAUCUCCUUUGUGAUCCCUUGUGACAAUCACUGAGGAUCUUCGUGUAUACUGGAGAACAUGAUCCCUAGUUUCCCACACAUUGUAUCGGUAUAACCAAAUUUCUAAUCUCUAUCCAGGGCAAUAAAGCAAAGAUUCUAUGAAGUCUGAUUUGUUCAGGACGAAUAUGUCUGUGUUAGACAAGCAGUAAUAAAAGUUAAGUCAAUUGGG